CGCGACGCGACAAUGGUGGGCGCCUACACGCGACCCGGACGCGCUCCUAUUGUCCUGCUAUUGUCUGCAGCAAUGCAAAAGACAAUUGACAAAAGCCAUGGCUGCCCCGAGUGUCUUCCCAUUCUCCCCUUCGCUCUCUUCAUCCUGCGACAUCUGUUCGCGUGCGCCGUCGCCAGACGAGCCUCGCAUUCGACACUCUCGCCAUGCCUGCUACGACCCCAAUGACACCUAACGCCUCUACUUUCGACCUCGAGCAGAACCUCGAAUCCACCACCACUGUCAAUGUAUCAUCAGCGACACCAUCCAACUCUACGCCAGAAUGCCCACCACCCCAACCGUCGAUUCGUCUGCUCUUCUCGUUGGUCUCGAGGCGUGACUUCUACCUGAUCGUCCUGCCCGCCAUUCUCACUUCGAUGCUCGCCGGAGGCGUCGCUCCUUUCAUGACAUACGUCGUCGGCGAGUCUUUCAACGCGUUCGCCAACUUCCCGACUACCCCGAACCCCUCCGAGUCUGCGAAGACCAGCCUGCUGCACGGUGUCAGCCUUGCCGCGCUCGAGCUUGUCGGCUUGGCCGCGGGCGCGCUCGCACUCAGCAGCAUCACCUCGAGCCUGUGGAUCUGGACAGGCGAGCGGAACCUGAUGGCGGUCCGCAAGAAAGUGUACGCAGCCGUCACGCGCAAGGAUAUGGUCUGGUUCGACACCAAGAUGGGUGCGGAGGACUCGGUACAGGUAGCCGAGGGGGAUGGUCCUCUCGGUGCUGGUGGUCUCAUGGCAAAGUUUGCCAGAGAGACGGAUGAAGUCCGGAUGGCGUCGUCGCUCGCGUCUGGGUUCAUCAUCCAGUACCUGACCACUUCGAUUACCUGCCUCAUCCUCGCCUUCGUGCAGUCGUGGUCGCUUACCCUGAUCAUCCUAUCCGCCGUCCCGGUUCUCAUGGUCAUCCAGACCGCGUCGCAGAUCUUCGCCGGUGCGCACCUCGGUGUCGAGCGCGCUACCACCGCCACUGCAGCCACUCUGGUGGACCGCGCCGUGGCAGCUAUCGCCACGGUCAAGGCGUUCAACGCGGAGACCCACGAGCAAGAGACCAUCGGCCGCGUCCUCGACGCGAUGCAGGUUGCGGCGAACAAGUGCAUCACCGUCUGGGGCAUCACGUCCAGCCUCGGGCAAUUCGUUAUGAUGGCGAUGUUCGUGCAGGGCUUCUGGUUCGGCUCGAAGCUCGUGCGCGACGGGACGAUCACUCCCGGCGCCGUGAUGUCGGUCUUCUGGGCGUGUCUCAUCGCGACUAGUAACCUGCAGAUGUGCAUCCCGCAGCUGAUUGUGCUCAGCAAGGGCAAGUUCUCCAUGGCCGCGCUCUUGACUCUCGUGGAGUCCGCCCCGGCCUCGCCCAUUGCACAGUCGAACUCGACCGUCCACGCGCCCCUGAAGCCCACGAGGCGUCCGACGCACAUCCGCAAGAUCGUCCCGGCCAAGUGCCGCGGCGAAUUUGAGCUUGACGGCGUCACGUUCGCGUACCCCAGCCGGCCGACGAUGCCGGUCCUCCAGGACGUGUCGAUCUUCCUCCCCUCGAACGAGACAUUGUUCAUCGUCGGCGGCUCCGGGUCGGGCAAGUCCACCAUCGCGCAGCUGCUUGUCCAGAUGUACGCGACCGCCGAGGGCGCGAUCCGGUUGGCCGACGAGGACACGAGACGGGUGUGUCAGCUGACGGUGCGAGCGGGGCGGGGAUCGUCGCAGGAGAUUGACGGCUGCUUACGACGGAGGGCAGAGACUGGCUGGGGAAAGGCAAAAAAGGUGAAAAGCGCCCCAAGUCCGCGAAAAAACUUGUGUUUUUUUGCCCAUAGAUUCCCCUCCCCGCAGGGAGCUCGCAGUUUAUUGAGUUCGGGUGCCUUUCGUGUAUUCGCGCAACGGGGUCCGCAGCAAACGUCCACAUGCAUCAGGGAGCCAUGUCCCGCCAUGCGCCGUCGCCCGCCUGUCGUCGACAACCGCUCGCUCCGGGACUGACGAGGCGAUACGCGCCUUCGUGCCAACCGCCCUUGCCGCCUUGCACGUUCAAGAGCUGCAGGCUCGAUCAUCCGUCGAUCGUCGUGCGCGUCCCGGUUGUCGGGUGGCACACAGACAGCAUCACACCAGCGUGUAGUCGACGUCAGCGAAUGGCACGCUCACAAAUACAGCUCGGUCACUCACCAUGCACAACCACUUGUAGGCAGAGCUCGGCCAUCUGCUCACGUAUCCGA